UCAUCUCCCCUGCCCCACACAUCGCCCUGCUUUGCCAGAACAUGCACCUCAUUGCUUUUGCUGUCUUCCACUGCAACUCCUUGGGACACACAGGAUACCUGUCUGGGCUUGUGCUGAUUGUGUACAGGUUGUGGUGUUGAGAACAGGCAGAGCCAUGGUGUCAUGGAAAGGAAUAUACUUCGUAGUUGCACUGUUUUUGGGAAGUUUUUUUGGAAGUAUUUUCAUGCUUGGUCCUUUUCUACCUUUGAUGUUUAUCUCCCCGGCCUGGUAUCGCUGGAUCACCGACCGCAUUGUGGCCACGUGGCUCACACUUCCAGUGGCUUUGCUGGAGAUGGUGUUUGGUGCCAAGGUGGUUGUCACUGGUGAUGGAUUUGUUCCUGGAGAAAGGAGUGUCAUUAUCAUGAACCAUCGCACACGAAUGGACUGGAUGUUCCUGUGGAACUGCCUGCUGCGAUACAGCUACCUCAGACUUGAAAAAAUCUGUCUCAAAUCCAGUCUCAAAAGCAUUCCAGGAUUUGGCUGGGCGAUGCAGGUUGCUGCCUUUAUUUUCAUUCAGAGAAAAUGGGAAGAUGACAAGGGUCACUUCGAAAAAAUGCUGCAUUAUUUCUGUGACAUUCAUGAGCCACUACAACUCCUCAUCUUUCCGGAAGGAACUGAUCUCACAGCCAAUACCAAAGCUCGCAGUAAUGACUUUGCUGAAAAGAAUGGUCUUCGAAAAUAUGAGUAUGUCUUACAUCCAAGGACUACAGGAUUCACUUUUGUGGUGGAAUGUCUAAGGGAAGGUAACAAUCUUGAUGCUAUCCAUGACAUAACUGUGGCAUACCCCCAAAACAUUCCUCAGACGGAGAAGCACCUUUUGAAUGGAAACUUCCCAAAGGAGAUUCACUUUCAUGUCCAGAGAUACCCUGUAGAGACAGUGCCCACUUCUAAGGAGGAGCUGCAGCUUUGGUGCCAGAAGCGUUGGGAAGAGAAAGAGGAGAGACUUCGACGCUUCUAUGAAGGUGGAAAGUGCUUUGAUGAGACGGGGCAAAGCUUUAUUCCCCCAUGUAAGUCUGAGCUCAGGGUCCUGGCAGUCAAGUGCAUCUCACUCCUGUAUUGGACGCUGUUCCCAAUGGGUACGUUUGCACUGCUGUACCUGUACAGCUUUGCACGAUGGUAUUUUGCAGCCGUGAUAAUCAUUUUUGUUGUGCAGCAAAAGGUAUUUGGUGGGCUGGAACUAAUUGAACUUGCUUGUCAUCAAUAUUUUAAAAAGCAACAGAAACUUAACGACACAAAAAUUAAAGAGAAGUAGUUUCUUGCGUAAAGAAGGGCAUAAUAAUGUGUGGCUUUGGGACGUACUGCAAAUUUUAUGGACAGGAGAGAAUUUUUGCAUGAGAAUUGUCUUUUACUAUUGUCAUUGUUUGCUAGACAUUUGCACUUAAUUCUGUGAACAGAAAGAAAGCCGUUAGUUAUCACAGCGUGUGAAAAUGAUAGUUUUUAUCUCUGAAUGUAAUUUCAGCAUUGCUCUUGCGAGCAGCUAGCAACUGCAUUCUGCUGUAAUUAAGAAACACGUUGCUGGAUUAUUGAACAAUCAAAGGGAUGUUAAUAAAUAUGACGUGCACUGAAAGUCCAUGUACAAAUCCCAGCUGUCCGGCUAAGAAAGACAGAUGUGUUACUUCUGUACAAUCACGUUGUCAUGAAGCACCGGAUUGGAAAAGCUGCUAUGUUUAACAGUGGUUUGAUGGUAGGUGGAAGCUGGAAGAGGAUGUUCCAUUUCUUUUUGUUGCUGUUUCAAAUAGUCACACUUACUUAAAAAUGCUUUGACUUCAGCUUCUUCAAACACUACUGAACCUAGCACGCUAUUCAACCUGCUCUGCCUCAGUCAGUCAGAACUUAAAGGGUUUUUAGGCCUGCCAGUGUUGUGUUGUGGUCUGAGAAACAGUGCUGGCUUCGCCUCCAGUUAAGUCUUUGCUGAUUAUUUAAUAGAUCUAUGCAGCUAGGUUUUGAUUUUUCACUGUUGGUGCUGGUUUGGUGUCCCUCUUAGCUGUGGGAGAUGUGUUCCUGCUGUAGUACGUAGAGCUGCAGGAUAGGGGAGCUGGCUUUUGUUGUUUUAUUAGUGGGUUUUUUUUCUGGUAGAGGCAAUAAUAUGUGUCUGUCUCUGGAGUAGCAGGUAAAUGGUUUUUCAAAGAGGUCUCAUUAUAGACACUAUUCGAUGAUUUUUUAAAAAAAAUUUUUUUAUUUUUGGAGAAGGCAAGGUAUCUUUUUUUGUUUUUUGAAGGCUUUUUUGGUUUAUUCUCACGUUACUUCUGUAGACAUUUCAGUUGUCCAAAUGCAUAAAGAAGAAAAUUGCCUUUUCUGUGCAAGCCAGCCAGACCUGUUGGAAUGUAUCCAAUGCAAUGGUCGUCUUUCUGUGAGUAUUAGAAAAGGUGGGUUUCAGACCAUGACAGCACAGGGAAACUGAGUUUCAGCUUGUUUUUGCAGAAUUAUCUUGCAUUGCCUGACUGCAUCACUUCUUUUCCAUACUUCUUCACUUUUAAGCUUUUAUUAUUUUGGGAGGCUCCCACUGUAACAUGCUUCCUUCUUUUCAUGAUAUUGAGGCUUUCUAAAUAUCAUGAAAUCCAAAUUAAACUCUGAAAAUGCACUUUGCAAGUGUAAUGAAUGUAAUAUCUACAAUAAAAGGUACAAACAUUGCCAGCACUUAGGAGACACUUCAGGUUAGACUUGUUCAGCCUCAGCAGUGUUAGAUCACUUGGUCAAAUGUAUUGCUGCAGAACUUCCUGGACUUUCUGAACAUUUGUUGUUUGUUGCAUGGAGACUUAAUUGAGCUAAACCAAAAGAGCCUGACUGUAUGUUGAGUUGUUCUGCUGUGAAAUACGAACUGCCUAUUUCAAGCACUGGGUCAGCACUGUAGGUACAUUUGUUUCUUCUACAACACUGAACAUGUUGUCUCCUGUGUUUCUAUCAAAGGCCAUUUCUGAAUGAAUCACCAGCCUCUAUUUGACUGUCCCUCGCAAGGUGACAAGUAUUUUUUAAUCCGUGCUUAUAAUAACUGUUUAUUAUGCACAAAGUACUUGAAGCCAUCGGUUUUAUUCUAAUUUUUUAAUCCUUUUUUUCUUAAAAGAUAAAUAAAAGUAGGUUUAUAUUUAGGAUUAUGUUUCUAAAUGAUUUUUCAUGUUUAUAUGGUAGUCCCUAAAGUCGGGUAACUGUUGUUUUGUUGCAGUUCUUCUGUGGUGCGGUGAUGUUCCUUAAUGUCAUUUUGUGAUAUCAAAGGCAUUUAGACAAAAGCCUAGAUCUGCAUAGCUGGUGUUUUUCCCUUAGUAUUCUGCUUUGGUGCAGUUCCUUGUAUGUCCACAUAACAGUCACCACAAGGGAAAAACUAAAAUUGGCAUUUAUAGAUAAGCAGAGGAUACCAAAAGUCUUUGAGUCUGUCCUGAGCCACGGCUGUGCUUUCACACCAGGACUAGCCAUGGCUGGGGCACACCAACAGCCUUAGAAGUCUUGGGGAAUGACUUCAGAGGGCAGCUGUGACAUAAAUACCAGCUACACUUUUUCAGUCAUUCGGAGAACUUGGUGACAUCAUAAAGCAUACCAGAAACAUCAGUGUGAGUCCUGGUCAUGCAGCAGGGAAAGAUUUCUAGAGUAUUUUGUAUCUGUGUUUGAUUAGAGUCCAGUUCUGAAAAUGAAAUAUAAUGCGGUUCAGAGAUGACCCUUACAAGUUUUCUGUCCGGCUGGAGCCAAACGUGUAACUAAUGUAAUGUGGGAAAUGUCCUGCAAAUCUGUAAUUCAUCCUCCUCUCCCGUGGAUUCAGAGUGAGCAGAAAUAAUCUUCAUCUUGUUAGCUCUAAAUGCUGCAUUUGCACUGCCUGGCUGCAUACAGUAGGAGAGCCCAUGGUAAGGGAGGGAUCCUCCUCGCAGGGAAGGCUCUUGACUUUGAGACAGGCAGGACUUUUUGGACGCCGUGCCUCAUUUUUCAAUUAGAAAUGCAAGACAAAAAAAAAAUUAGCUUUUGUGUUUAAAAAGUCGCUAAAGUGAUGAGGAAGAUCCUUCUGUGUAUGUUCUUUUCCUAUUCGGUCAAAAAGAGCUUUUACUCGAAAGGUUUAAUAUGCAUAUUUUGGGGAGAAUACUUUGUUCUUAUUCACCAUUUCCUUUUUCAGACUCCACUAAGACACGCUGGUGAAUCACUUGAAGUGUUUUCAGUGCUGUUAGAUUAAAGGUGCUAGUACUCCAGGAAUCACACAUCUACCUUUUGUGGACCUCAUAUUGGCACCCAGGUUUAUCUUACUGAUUAGCCCAGUUUCUCAUGGCUUGUGUCCUCUCACAGUCCCGGUAGACAGAGCACGUCGUUCAACCACGACUGCUCCUACUAUGGGGCCUCCAUCUCUGCUGUCUUCCUUAUGUUAUUUGAGAAACACGACUUGCUUUUCCUGCCUUUGGAGAUACUCUUCGUUUGUUCCUUCAAAUGUUUCCUCAAAUGUGCUGUGGGUUUCUUUCUCUUUGCUCCGAACUGAAAGUUGAAGUCCUCUCAUCUGUGUUUGUGCUGAAACUCUUCUGGCUAACAGAACAUCAAACCAAGACAUUUCUCUUGUGUUCAAAGCUGUGGGGCUCCAAGCUGGUCUGUAAGGUGUUGUCUUGAUCAUACGAAAUGUAGUUUCUAGCUCUGUGCGUUGCGUACAUCUCUGUUGUUUAAAAAAGAUGAGUGUUUUUAUAACUUGAUUUUAUAUGUACAUUGUAUGAAAGAAAAUGCCAGGAUACUACAAACCUACAGAAAGCCUUAGUUUUCAAAGUUCAUUGGUUAUAUUAGGGUAUUUUAACCAUGUAUCAGUUACUCUACAGCAACAAUAAAGUCUUGAAGCAUUGCACGUGUUUAA